AUGGCCUGUGUUCCCGUCGUCAAUCGCAAAAGGCAUCUCAUAGGAUUGCGAAAUUUAGUUUUCGGAGCUACGUACGAAAAGGAAGUCGCCAGAGACGACGGCUUUUGGCGGCAGCGCUUAUCACGACCCAGCACCACGACCUUUGUCGCCAUCCGCAACCAAGACCUCCGCGUUCUCUCCUCCCUUACUCUAGUCCGCGGGACGCAACCCUCAUCGGUGCUAGCUAUGGCCGCCGGGCUAGUCCCGGAAGAGCGCGACAAGGACUCCAAGACGCUUCUGCACUGGGCCGUCAACGCCGUGUACACGGCGGCGGACGCGCGACGCCAGGGCAUCGCCAAGGCGGUAUUCGAGAAGGCACUGGCGUUUUCGUUUUCAACGGCCGAGGCGGAGGGGAAGUCGUGCCUGGUGUCGAUUUCAGCGCGCGAGGAAAAUCAGGUGGCUAUUGAUAUGUAUCUGAGGAUGGGCUUCAUCGAAUUGAGCUAUGUUGAGGAUGGGGAUGCGGUGCUCUACAUGUUUAAAGCUCGGCCAGAGGCCGAAGGUGCUGAAAGCGCAUAG